UAAGUACAUAUAUCAUAAUUACGGCGUGUCAGGGGAAGUCAGCCAACACACCUGCUACACACGCCUGUGCUGGCUGCGAUGGUCGUAGGUCUGUUUUUAUCUUCCCUGUAUGGGUCGGCCGGGCAGAGGACUGGCGUUAGUUUUCUUACCAUGGGAAAUGGUGACGGUGACCUGAUGGGGAAAUAUGGGCGAUUCGUAUGUGUUCACGUGAAGGACUUUAAUCAGCGGUGUCUCUGUGUAGGAAAAUAUUGACCGGACUGUGUCAUCGGCGUGUUGUUCUAGGCGACGUCUUCACACGGCAGACCAGGCAUAAAAUGGCACUAGGUAAUGCCCGUGUCAGGCCAUGCCCAUUUGUUAUCUGCCCGUUGCCUCGCAGAUCUCCCGGGCAGUAAGAGCACUUCCCAAAACUCACUACAUUAUCCCAACCAGCCCAGAACUUGAUCCUAAUCAAAUCCCACCAAUCAACCGUCGAUUUUCCCACAACUUCUUUGAGUUCAAAACCCACUUUUCAACGAACGGUACAAAAAUUGAAGGAAACCACCUCUCUCUUCCCACUCCAGGAUUACGAUCUUACGAAAACAGCACAGGAAGGACUGGCUGUGAUGUGGGACAUGGAUGCAUGACAUCUAGAUGACAUUGGCUAUAUGACACCUGGAUGACAUUCUUGGAUGAGUACAUGACAUCGGGUCCUCUGAAGACAUUUUCACUCGUCUUGCAGAUUCUUGUUAAUUCACGAUUUGUCGUUAAGAUGUGUUGAUAAAGUGACUGACAUUCUAAUACGGCAAAGAAGCAAGUGCAAUUCAUGUGAGAAAAAACAUCAGGGGAAGAUAAUUCAAGAUGAAAGAGUUAUCGGCCAUGAGUGAUCUGAGCCUGAUCCUGUCUGAAGACAUCUUGAGCCCGUUCUCCGACCAGAAGACACUGAGCGAGCUCAACGACUCGCCUGACCUCUGUGAGGAGCUGGACGACUUCGACCCGUCCAUCGGCCUCUUCAACUUCAGCGAGGACACCAUCAUGCACGAUUACCUCUUCUCCCGAGGGUCGGGGUUCGGUUCCGUGGACCAGACUCUCGGGUUCUACUCCUACCCCAGCCCAGCUAGCGGUGCCAAAAGUGACGUCAAGAAACUCAAAGACGCUGACCCUCUGCUGGGGUGUAUUGUAGACUGUGACAGAGAUUUUAAAAACUCGGCGCCGCUGCCGCAUCUUGAAGAAGCUUUUGGACAUCAUAUAAACCACAACCUAAACUUUAACCGGAAUUCUAGCCAAGGUUCUCCUGCCUUGAUUCCUGACAGGUUUUCGUGUAGUUCUAGCGCCGUCGCAGAUCCCGUGGGGUACAACAACUUUCUGUACAGCAGCAGCCCUAGCGACAGCGGCUGUUCGAGCCUGAGCGAGAGCAGCGAGACGAGCGAGUGGGACAGUAAGGAGGACAACAAGGACAUGGUGGUCCUGGGGGUCGACAUCUCCAACCUCAUGCACGACUACGCCAUGAAAUCCCCGCCCCCGCCCGCCACGGUCGCCGUCACCACGAAGAGCAGGUCGUACCCGCCCCGCCCCACCAUCAGCUUGACCCACCCCACGACGUUCCUGUACAACCCCGAGAGCGCCCAAUCCUGCAUGUACGCCAGCACCGGCUCACCUCCCCUGGCUACAUCAGAACAUAUUAUCAUCUCCCCCGGAACUUCACUCCUGCGGAAAUCCAACUUUUUAAAUAACAGGAUCAAAGUCAACUUAGGCCAGAGACUCCCCCACGGGGCGGGGCACCGCAUGACGUCAACAGGGAUCGACCCCAUGCUCUGUACCUACCAGAACCACCCCGCCUCCCCCGCGGGGAGCGUCAGUUCCCUCUGUUCACUAGACAGCCCGGGCAGCUACCCCACCCCCCUGACGUCAUCGACCCCCACGUCCGCCCUGUCCCCCAGCAUCUCUGGCCAGGGCAACAAGGCCGAGGAGAAGAUCUACCCCUGCACCUACCAGAACUGUAACAAGGUCUACAGCAAGAGCUCCCACCUGAAGGCGCACCUGCGGCGUCACACAGGUGAGAAGCCGUUCCACUGCUCCUGGCCCGACUGCGGCUGGAAGUUUUCCCGCUCAGACGAGCUGGCCAGACACAAGAGGUCACACUCGGGGGUCAAGCCUUACAAGUGUGACGUCUGCACCAAAUGUUUCAGCCGCUCUGACCAUCUGGCCAAGCAUAGGAAAGUUCAUCGAAAAAAUCGCUAGUCUAGAAACUUUUUUACCGCAGGUCUAGAACACUUUAUCAAAUUGAUUGUCCAUUCCGGCGCUUCGGCAGCAUAUAAUUCUAUACUCUUGUUGAUCUAGUGCCUUAUUUAGACAACAGUAUCGCAGCAUUCCAUACGGACGUGUAUCAUUCCUAGACAAGUAUCAACUUUAACUCAUGUAACCGCUUAUUCGUGUGUUCGAAUCCUAAGUAUUAUUUCAAAUAUCAAAAAACGAUCAAACUUUUAAACAAUUGUAUUCUUGUUUGACUGAAAUGCAAGUGAACAAAACGUCGAAAACAUUCCAAACAACAGGAUGUGACGACACAAUCAGCGAAAGUAUGACCUUAAAUUUUUUUAGUCGCAGCGUGUUUUUGCCAACUGUGACCAAACUCAUCUUGUUGACGUUCCAUUACGUGGUUGUGACCUAUCGGUUAAACCCGAUUCAGCUUUGGAUACGCAUCUAAUUCAGUCGUACUUUCUUCACAAAAUACUCCAUACCACGGAAGGUCAAAUGGACUAACAUCGUAAAAAUCUAUAAUUAAUAAUUUACUAAAAUUAUAAAGGAUUGAAUAGUUUAAUCUUAACUUUAGUGCGUUAAGUUUAACAAAUUUGUAAUUUCUGUGCCAUGAUGUAUUUUUUAAAAUGUAUUCGGUAAUCAGCCGGUACUUAGUUUUACCUGAACAAUUUAGGUAAGUAAUUAGACAGUGUUAAAUUAGGCCCCUCCCUGUAGGCUAUCAUUAGCUUACACACUGUUUCCUCUCACGGGGGAAAAACUUUAUAAUUAUUUUUUUUACACGGGAUUAAGUCGGGCUAAACACGGUCUAUACCGUCAUCCUCUGUUUGUUCGAACUGUGGAGUCAUUCGAACUUUGGAUAAGUAGCACGUAAUUUUAACUAGGAGAGUAGCAAGCACAAAAUUUCCUUAAAACCCAAACAAUCUUUCGCCAGAGAUCUUUUUCCUUCUUAAUUGUAAUGUUGGACCAGAUUUCCUUCAACACAUACAAGUAUUACUUGUCAACUGGUUAUGCGUAUUAUAGGUCGUUGACUCCGAUUUCAGCCUGCUUUUGUUUUUGGAUUUGCUUCCAUAGCCUUUGUCCAACCAAGAACAAACUACAAGGCAGCAGUUUUUUUUUUAUUUUUAUAUUAACUCUCCUAGAUGGGUUGCUGUCCCCAGCUAUCGAGCCUCGUCUGCCCGAGGGUUCGAACACCUGACUCUAUCGAUCCCCAAAAAAUAAAAAUUAAUUAAUUACUUAUUGUUUAAGCACAUAAAUCUAAGAUUUAGGUCAAUGAUAGAUUCACCAUUCACAUCGUGAUGUAUAUCGCUCUGAGGUAACAUCAUGAUGUAAUAUAUUUCCGCUGCUAUAUCGUGAUGUAUAUCGCUCUGAGGUAACAUCAUGAUGUAAUAUAUUUCCGCUGCUAUAUCGUGAUGUAUAUCGCUCUGAGGUAACAUCAUGAUGUAAUAUAUUUCCGCUGCUAUAUCGUGAUGUAUAUCGCUCUGAGGUAACAUCAUGAUGUAAUAUAUUUCCGCUGCUAUAUCGUGAUGUAUAUCGCUCUGAGGUAACAUCAUGAUGUAAUAUAUUUCCGCUGCUAUAUCGUGAUGUAUAUCGCUCUGAGGUAACAUCAUGAUGUAAUAUAUUUCCGCUGCUAUAUCGUGAUGUAUAUCGCUCUGAGGUAACAUCAUGAUGUAAUAUAUUUCCGCUGCUAUAUCGUGAUGUAUAUCGCUCUGAGGUAACAUCAUGAUGUAAUAUAUUUCCGCUGCUAUAUCGUGAUGUAUAUCGCUCUGAGGUAACAUCAUGAUGUAAUAUAUUUCCGCUGCUAUAUCGUGAUAUCUCUGCUGAUUACUUUAAACAAAAAUCUAGACGCUAAAUCUCCAAUUAUGGUUAUAAACUAGCUGAAGAUUGAAUAAUUAGACGUAGUUGCGUUGCAGCCUGAAAAUAGCUGGGGGGGGGGGGGAGGGUGGAGAAACUAGGUGAAAGAAAGGUUAGAGGAUAUAUUUCGGUCACGUGAUAGGUUUUUCCCGACAGUCUACACAAUUUUUCUAGCCAUAACUGCGUCAAGUUGUAUCACCUCCUUUAACUCAACUGUAGCAAAAUGAUCACACCCAACACAAUUUCAUGCAUGAUUUCCAUUGAGUCAAUAACAGAGGGAGGGUGAAGGUAGGGGGGGGGAUAAUAGCGGAGGUAAAUCUUGACCUGAGUACAGCCGACCCCUUAAACCCCCGUGAGGGUAUGUUUCUAUGUUUAUGUGUGUCUUGACGUGAGUAGAGCCCACCCCCACCCCCAUCCCCCCCCGUGAGGGUAUGUUUCUAUGUUUAAGUGUAGUCUUGACGUGAGUAGACCCCCCACCCCUUUUGUUUCUAUCUUCAUUUGAAGAGAGUGGGUCGUGUUCACCCCCCCCCCCCCCUCCUCCCCCUUUCCCCACUAGUCUUUAUAUGUUCGCCAAAAAUAUUUCCUUUUUUUUCAAUUUUUGGACAAAGGUCGGGGAAUGAGCAAUAGCGCAGACUAGCGUCUGUUUGUAUAACAAACUUUUUCAACUAUUUAUUUUGUAUUAUACAACUGAUUAUUUCCCUUUAUUUUUACGUCUCUGUUCUUUUUAAAAAUCAACUACAAAUUUAUCAACACGAGAUUAAUCUAAGUUUGUGGACAACAAUUCUUUUUCAACCCAUAUAUACAUUCCAUUCCCUGACAACCCCCCCCCCCCCUUUAUAAUAAUGUACAUUAUAUUAAUUAAUUAAUUAAUUUAAGCGACAGCCUUUAUUUAAACUAAUCACCUGUGGAUUAAAUUGAGAUUGUCCGUUCUAUGAAAUCCCAUCUUUACAUACUCUGUUCUAUAUGAUUGUUUGUAAUUAGCUAUGAGCCUGGUACGGAUUUUGGAACUAAUUCCAGUGUGGAAUUAAUUAACCUAGUCUGGCCAGUAGCCGUAUAAAAUAAAACUAUAGUCUUUUUUGUUAGAGAGUGUGUUUGCCAUAUGUUCGUGUAUGGUAAAAAGUGUGUUGGUCAGUAUGUUCGUAUACGACUAAAAUUGUUUUGGUCCAUAUGUCAGUGUCAGCAUGUGUGUAUGUGUGUUGGUCAGUUUGUCCGUAUACGAGCAACAGUCUGUUUGUUAGUCUGCCUACUUGAGAUUUUAAAACUGAACAUUUGAGAUGUUAUCAUAAUGUGAUACAUUGUUUGAUAAGGGAAAUAACUUUUUUGCUGGAGUCGCAUCUUUCUGAAGUUGCUGAUACAGCAAGAUUUUUGAUAAUUACAACUUUAUAAUUAUUAACACUCGGCUUGUAUUUUUUUUUAUCACAAACAGUACAUAAAAAUUUAUUCUAAUUCACUCAAAAUAUUAAACAGGAACAGAUAUUCGCUGUGGGACUACAGUAUGACAAAUGACUGACUUGUUGGAUUUAUUAUAUAUCAGUAAUGUAAAUCUGAUUAAGUAACCUUAAGUACUCUUUGUUCCAUACGGAACAUAGAUCCUGCAUUCCAACCAUUCCAUUCCAUUUUGUCCAAUUCCCGACUAUUAAUUUUGCAAUCUCCCUAGACGUCACUAUUGGCUUCAGUUCUUCCAAAAGACCUCGACUGUCUUGGGCGCCCUCUCCUCCGCUUUCCCAGCCGGACCUCCCCCUUAUUUGCAGUCAUAGGCUCCUGUCUCGUCUUUCACACAAACUCUAUGUUCAUCAGUAUUCUUAUAAUUAACCAAUUAGUAGACUUAGUACUCCUGCCAAGUGGAGCAAAGACCUAAACCACAUGCAGUACGGACACUAACAUUAACCACAUGUAGCACUGACUGCUAGAUGUGGCAUUGACUGUCAGUGAUAAACAAUGACAUUAACCACAUUUAGACUUUACUGCUAUAGACAGCACUGACACUGACAUUAACCACAUGUGGCACUGACUGCCAGUGGUUGCACUAACGCCGACUAUAGCCACAUGUAGUUUUGACUGCCAGUGGUUGCACUAACUAUAGCCACAUGUAGUUUUGACUGCCAGUGGUUGCACUAACUAUAACCACAUGUAGUUUUGACUGCCAGUGGUUGCACUAACUAUAGCCACAUGUAGUUUUGACUGCCAGUGGUUGCACUAACUAUAACCACAUGUAGUUUUGACUGCCAGUGGUUGCACUAACUAUAACCACAUGUAGUUUUGACUGCCAGUGGUUGCACUAACUAUAACCACACGUAGUUUUGACUGCCAGUGGUUGCACUAACGCCGACUGAAACCACAUGUAGCAUUGACUGCCAGUAAAGGUCACCUUAUUGAAGAGAAACACAGUAUUUAAGAAUAAAAAAACCCUGUUAUUUUAUGUCAAUAAGUACGUGUGUCUUAUCGUUGUGUAUAAUUAAGAUAAUUUUAUUGUUGAUUAUUGUGUUUGUUAACACUUUGACUUGUAAAAUGAUUAAAUUUUGAUCAA